AUGCCCGGUGGGCCAAAUCCAGUGGAGCAACUGGCAUCAUUAGCUGCUCACGAGGACCUUCGCCGUCUCAUUGGUUCCAGUGCUGCAGAUGAAUUACUCCAAGCGGUACAAGACCUUGGCCAAUCCCCUGACCUCACAGAAGCUGCAUACUCCCUGGUGAAACAGACCAUCACACUGGCUGUGGGCGAUGCGGCUGUGUGCCGGAUCGACCUACCUGAGAUCUACUGGGACUUAGAAUACAUCAUGAUACAGGCUGCAGCCGCUGCUAUUGCCUGCGUGGCUGACGGGAUUCAAAGAAAUCCUUCUGAAUGGCACAGCGCUCUAGAGGACUUGAGUUCAAGACUGGACCUUUGCGCUGCUCACAUCUUCCUUCGGCUUUGCCACGUCGGGCAAGAGGAUCAGCUGGCAGGAGCUGAUAGCCGCAUGCUGCGGGCGUUUCAAGCCUUGUGUUCAUGGAUUUUAGCAAUGCUGAGCCGGACCGUCGGGCAGAAACAGUUGGAACAUCCUUCAGUCCUUUCUGACUGGACUGGUGGAGAUUUGUUGUGGGCACUUGUCUUGGCCAAGGGAAUCUUAUCCAUCGAUGAUGACGGAUGGUCCACAGAUGAUGUGGCUUUACCACAGGAGCUCCCUCAGCUGCAACGAGCCAUUUUGAACGCAGUGCUGCAGCUAGUGACCCCAUCUGCGGCCUUUUGGGAUGAGGAGUCUGAUGGUGCUGUCCCUUUGGAACAGCGAAACGCUGAGCUGGUCCGUCACAGGGAUGGUUUAGCUGAAGCUGCCGUGGCAUGCCAGAUACAGCCCACCUUGGUACGAGCAACAGGUCGCUUCAUGCAAGAAGACCCCAACCUGCUGCUGCAUCUUGUCACUUUCUUGACUUGUUUGCAUCAUCCAGCUCCGCACUUGCAAGUGAAGCACGUCGAGGUUUAUGGCCUUGCUCAUGCUGACACUUCCGCUUCACUGACGCAAAGCUUGCAAGAUUUUGACUUGCAGUUGUGGUGUCUAUUGGCCAAUGCUCCUGCUUUGCUUCCAGUGCCGUUGCACUUUCUGAGGGCUGCAGCUGAUCUUGCAUUCUUCUCUCCUCCUCCCAGGCAAGUCUUGUCCGGCUUUAUCAGCACAACCUUGGCAACGGUCCCGCCAGGGCACCACCGAAUGCUGGCAGCUCUUAGUGUAAUUGCUGCCAAUGCCCAAGUCACCCCGAGCGAAACUCCACUGGAAGCUGCUCUAGCCAAUCUGGAAGAGGUCGACCGUGAAGCCGUGGCAAGACAUUGGCAUCUUUGGCGUGGACCGGUGAACUGCGAGAACCAUGCAAGCCCUGCGUGGGCUGCUCUAUUCGGAGAUGAAAUGACCCCUGUUGUACGCAGCAAAGUUCAGGCCGAACCUGGGCCACAACCUGCUGGCUUAUCCGACCUCAUUUUCCAUGCGCCAGAUCAAUUUCGUUGCGCUCUUGAUGGCCAACUCAUGAUGGAUCCCGUGCGCACUCCACAGGGGUUGGUCUUUGAACGAUCACGUCUUGUACAACUUCUCGCUGGAGCUGAGGGGAAAUGCCCUUGCACUGGUGAGGCAAAGGCUGCGGUUGCACCGGCGGCCACAGUGCCGCGCGAGGAGGCCCUGGAGCGGCUACAGGAGGCCUUCAACGCCGAGCAAGGCUUGAAGCUCUUCGAAGCUCAGGCUGGCACUGCAGCGGAGUAUGACAAGGCGGAGGCUGAGAAGUAUAAGGCCGUGAUCGAGGCAAAGAUCGUGACCUUGGAGAAUGAAGCUGCCUUGCUGACUGGGAAGGACAACAAGAAGGAGCGCGCUGCCAAGGGCAAGGAGGUGGCUGAACUGAAGGCUGGGCAACAAUAUGUGGAUGCCUGCAAGAUCGUGAAGGGUUUGGAACCGAAGUUUGGAUACUUCGUGACCAAAGAAGCCGUGUUGCCGGAUGCUCCAGUUUCCAAGCCAGAAGAAGACGAAACGAAGGUGGUGAGUAGCAAGAAGGAGACCAAGAAGGAGACCAAGAAGGAAAGUGCUGGCCUCAGCCCUGCGGAGACAAAGGAGUUGGAGAGCCUGAAGCAACAAAUCAUCGAGCGAAAGGCCAUCCUUAAGGAGCAAGGCAUGAGCGGCGGACAGCAAAACAAGGACGAAGAGAUCGUGAAGAUGGUGGCUCGUAUGAAUGAGUUGAAGGAGAAGCAGGAACCAGGCAGCACCAAGAAGGAGAAGGACGGAAAAAAGGACAAGAAGACCCCGCUUAGCGCAGAGGAGCAGAAGGACUUUGCCCAGCUGCAGAAUGAUAUCGAACUGUACAAGGCCAAGUUGCGGAAUGAGUUUGGCUACAGCAACAAGGACAUCAAGGCGGAUCCAGAUUUGAAGGACAUGCAAGGGAGUGGCCUGGAGGAUUGCGCACGAGCAAUGGGUGCUGAUGCCUUGAUGCGCCACCCAGCAGCAGAUGUGCGUUGCUGGGCAGCCAAGUGUCUUGCAGAGGUCUUGCGCAUCUUCGUGCCAUCUCCACCCCUUGAGAAAGAGAGGAUGCAACCAAUCCUAGAGCUCUUCUUGGAACAGUUGGCCUUGUUGAAGGACCCCAGUGGCCCCAGUUACACGGACGCCUUCGGCCUCUUGGAGCGUCUCACCGAGAUUCGGGGCUUCAUGUUGGUCUUCGAUUGCCCAGAGCCGGAGAACAUCAUUGUGUCGUUGGUGAGCACCUGUGUGUCAGCUGCCCGGCCUGGGAAGAAUCAGGCCGAGACCUACAACCAGCUGGAGAACCUUAUGGCACCAUUGCUGACCAACAUUCUUGGAGAGGCAGAUGAGAUCCCGAAGAAGGCCCUGGCAGAGCUACUGGAAGAACUCAUCAUCGAUCAGAAGAGAGCAGCCCAAAAUGCCACAGGUUUGGUGCGAAGAGUUCUGGCUGGUUUGGCCAGCAAGAGUGCGGCAGCUCCCAUCAAUGACUAUGUGAACAAGGCACUUUUUGCGGAUGAUGAGCAGAAAGGAGCCAAACAGGUGCAGGCACUGGGAUACAACAUGGCCCAAGACCGCCUGGAGGGAUUGUUGUACGCCACCUAUGAGCUGUACUCCAUUCAUCCCUCCUUGGUGGCACGAGUGUUGCCAAACUUGCAAGCAGAUUUGCAAAACGCCAAUCCAGACAGGAGACGAGCCACCACUGCUGUCAUUGGUCAAAUCUUGGCUCACUGCCAUCAGCAGGCUAUCGACUCCAUGACAUUGGCUACGUCCAAUGCUGCCCUGGUGGAUCGCUUCCGAGAACGCCUGGGCGAUGCGGAUGACGGAGUGCGCAUGACCGCCUUGGAGGGAACCGGUGCCAUCAUGCAGUCGGCCAUACAAGGCGAAGUUGCAGACCUGCGUCCCACUGUGGUUGCUGCUGAAUCCUUGAGGGAGCGCCUGGCAGAUCGAUGCCUUGACCCCAAUGAUGCCAUCCGAUUGCGGGCCGUGGAGAUUAUCACCGAGGUGGCACUGGAAUCUGAAGCUGGUUUGACCUUUACUUUGCCCAUCCUUCCAGAUGCUUGUCGCCGCAUCCUGGACAAGAAACCCCGGGUGCGCGAAGCCUGCGCUGAAGCCUCAGCACAUCUCUAUGCGACGCAUGCCCUCUGGCGGUGGACUGAGGGUCGAUUCCAGGAAGCUCAAAAGCUCAAUUGGAUUCCUCAGUUGCUAUGUGAGGCCUACGCCGCAUUUUGCAGCUCGCGCUUGGGCUAUGUGGCUCAAUUGGAGGAGCACAUCGAGCAGCACAUCUUGGGCUGUGGAGCUGGUCUUUCAGAUGGUCAACGGGCAUUGGCCAUGCUGGGAUUCUACACUUCAGCUGCCCAAGGAGGUGAAGCUGCUGCACACGGCCUCUCCGUGGUCUUCUCCAAGAAGCGAGACUGCCACAAGUUGCUCUGGCAGUUCAUUCAGCUGAGAAUCGCCAAGGGCGCCCCAUUGGCAGCAGAGGAUGCUGGAUCCAUGGCCUUGGUACCACACAAUGAGGAACAGCCACAGGUGGAGAUCUUGGAGCGGUUGGGGCGCUUGAGCCCCAGCAUGGACGACAAGUACAGCCGCCCAGAGGCCGUGGCUGCGCACCUUCGCGCCUUUGACGCAGUUCGAGACAAGGCGCUGUGGAAGCAGCUGGAGAAGCUGCUGGACCCAUUGGUGCAGGAGAACACCAGCCAACUGGGCGACUCCUUACAGGAGCUGGACCGCUUAUUGCGAGUCCAUCGUUUGAGUGAGCUGGCCCCAUUGGUGCGAAGGGCCCUGCUUUCCACCUGGCUCCUCCCAGAUCAGGUGGCCCAACUUUUAGAUAUUUGGAAGGGCGGAACCAUUGAGGUGUUAGAUGAAGCCCCAUGUUCUGAGCUGGUGGCCGCAGCAAGGACCACCAUUUCAAGUUUGUCCAAAACAUUUCCAGGUGCAUUUAUGCCGUUUGCAGGGGAACUGGCCAAACAAUUGCCAGACUCUUCAGCAGAAGAUGCAAAAGUCAUUCUUCAGACCCUGGCUGCAAUUGCCAAACGAGUCCUUCAGAAGCCUGUGGACGAGAACUCCUUGCAAUUGAGUACAGAAGGGCUCUCCCAGAUGCUCUUGGAUGCUCUCGCGGUGGCCGGAGAUUCUCAAAGCAGGGCUUCCAUGAGCAGAAAGGUGGCCAAGAUCUUGCUACUUCUUCCUUCAGCUGAGAGGUCCACGGUGUGUAUGGACCUUCUGAGGUGGGCGGAGGAGAACGUGUCAGGUGACGUCGCGGCAGAUGAAGCCUCGGCCAAUGCAGCUGCUAUGGCCUUGCAGUUGGCAGCUGCCCUGCUGGAGUGGAGCAAGCGUCACUUGGAGGACUUCCCUCAGCUGGAGCCCCAAAACUGGUUGAAGGAUGCCAAAAAGGUCCUGGCCACCCCCAACAGUCAACGCGAUGAUCGGAGGUCGGAUGUCCAGUGUGCCGCUGCAGAUUUGCUGGCGGUGACUGGGUCAGCUGAUGAUGUGACCGAUGUGCUCCUUGCUCCAUCCGCUGUUUCGGAGUCCCUGGCCUUGACCAAUUCUGCAGGUGAAGAUGGUGCGUGGGCAUGGUUUGAUCCGUUACCCGUUCACGCGUGCUGCGCUUCCCUGCGCGCACUUCGCCUUGGCUGCGUGCAGCUUUCCACUAAGCUCUUAGCCAACUUGGCUGGACGUUUUGCGGCCUCCAUGGCCUGUGAUCGUCCGACCAUCGAUGCCGAGAAUCUGUUGGAGUCUUUGCUCACCAUGAAGAGAUCAUCCAUUGCAUCACAACUGAAGCCCGCUGAACGCCUUCGCGUCUGCACUGCUUUGCCCACCGUUUUUGCGCUGGCACCCUUGAAGAAACAUCGGGACACUGCGCAACGGAUGUUGCAGGGCUCAUUGAAAGCAGCAUGGCAAGGCUCCCAACUGGAGCUGUUGGAUUUCGCGGUCGCUUGCUUUGUACAUUUCCUUUCCAGGCUGGAUAUCUUCAAGAAGGAGGUCUCCGCCAAGGUUUCAGCCUUCCCUGAGAGUAGCAAGGUCGCGGCUUUUUUCUGCGAAGCGCUCCUACGAUGUGACGCGCCGCACAGCGCGGAGCUUUUGGGUGUUGCACUGCGAGUGUGCGAUCGGGUGCGUUACUUCGUGGAUAGAGAGGAUCCCAGUUCCGAUGCAGUGCACCGUGCCGGCAGCGUCCUGCGCUACGUGGCAGAGAAGCGCUGUCCGGAGCUGGGCCUACAAGGUGCUGCACUUUUGCACGGAGCAGCGCGAGGCAGCAUGCCAGCACAGCUGUUUGCCAUACGCCAACCUACAGGAGCUGCACCUGCGCUCCCUGAUGCUACCAUGCAGGAUGCGAGACUGCCCGAGAAGGUUCUCAAGGAUGCAAGCGUGGAACCCCACAAAGUCAAAGAGGCAGAUGGGACCAAUCGGGCAGUUCAAGCUCACGCGGCACAAGCAUUGGCAACCCCUCAGCGCCGCCCCAGCUUCUUGAAGCGCCGGUCCGAUGGAGAAUCUCCAGAGGUGCCAUCUACAGGCAGCAAGGGCAGCGUGACAGCUGCGGCUGCCGAGGUCGAGCAGCUCCCCCAUUCGCAUACCAUGGGGUCUGGUGCAUCAUUCGCACAAGUUGAGCAGGCCAGCGUUGCUGACCUCCAAAAGGUUGUUGCCGACUUUACGCCCGAGGAACGUGAGAAAGUGAAGGCGGCUUUGGACCUGGUGCGCCCUCCAAAGAAGGGCAGAAUCAGAGUCAAGUGCCAGGGCAAGACUUUUGCACCCUAUGGUAUCCGGACUGACCUUCCAGCUGAAGACCCCGCGGCGACCAAGGACUUCACCCCCUACAAGAAAGAUGGUUUGCCAGAAAAGGUUGACCUUCGCAAGUUCAUGAGCCCAAUCGAAGACCAAUCUCAGACCAACAGCUGCUGUGCAAAUGCUGUCGCGGGGGCAUUUGAAUACCUCAAUCAGAAGCAUGCUCAAGAAACUGGGGAUGUCCCCGGUGACGUCUCCCGGCUGUUCAUUUAUUACGUUGGCCGCAAGAAAGAUAUGGAACAAGAGGCUGGCAUCUUUGGCAAGAAGGCCGCAAAAGUUGCGCCCAAAGAUGAGGGAAUGAGCAUCACUUCUGCCAUCAGUGCCAUGCAGGUCAGUGGCGCUUGUUUGGCUGCCUCAUGGCCAUAUGAUCUUGGGAUGGUGAAUGCAAGACCCACGGACGAAUGCUUCAAAGAGGCCCAGAAGUACAGAGUCGUGCAGGCCCAGAAAGUCCCAAUGGACCUUGACGCGAUGCGUGGGUGCUUGGCAGAGGGCAAUCCGAUCAUUUUUGGCCUCAUGCUCACCGACAGGUUCUUUCGUCCAGCACGUGGUGGCUUCAUUUCAACUCCGGCCAAGAACGACCAAAGGGCAGCCUCGCAUGGCUUACAUGCAAUGCUACUUGUGGGUUACAACGACCGCCAGCAGGUCUUCAUUGUCCGAAAUAGCUGGGGGGAACAUUGGGGAGACAAGGGCUACUGCUAUGUGGGCUAUGACUAUGUGGCAAACCCGGACUUCAAUUUCUUGCAGCAGUAUACCAUCACUGGGCUGACUUCCACAGACUUCACACCAGAUGGUGACGAUGGUGAGGACUUUGACAUCACCGAUGACAACACUGAUGUGACUGUUGAAGAAGAGGAGCAACCCGAAGAACCCGAUGCAGAUGAUGACUUUGACUUUUCUGAAAACUUCAAAGGAGACCAAGUCAUACGGGCGCUCUUCAUCGAGGGGAAGGGUGUCCUCCCCAAGCCCCAGUUUGAGUUGUGCCUGUCCCUCUAUCACAGGAGCGAGGGAGGCAAGAAUUUCGACUAUUUGGCGGCCACCAUGUGGGUGCAUGAUGACUCCAAUUUUCCGCCUGAGAAAAUCGAAUGGACGCCGCAGGAUUUCAAUGAAGUUGCGACGAAGUUCUACAAGAAAAGUGAUGCUGAGUUACAUCCGAACUUGGCAUUCUUGUUCAGUUGA